UUGCCAUCUGCCAGAUAUUUUUUUCUGGCAACCUUUACUUGAAAUUUGUGAUGGCAAAUGGCGGUAUUGGAAUACCCCUUUUAAAUUGUUUUUGCCUUCAACAAAUAUUUAAAUUAAUUUUCAGUUUUUGUUGGGUCUGCAGAAUGUUUAAUGGAAUUAGAUCAACAACCUAAUGUUAAAGGAUGUCAUGAUAAAACACUUUUAGAAAUUGAGGAAGCAAAUAAUGAACAAAAUGGGACUGUUGUAAAUAGAUUAGAGAGAAUGUGCAAUGCUUUAAAUUAUUUUUCUGAAUGUGUUCGCCCUCCAAUUAGGCAAAGAUGUGGAAAUGAAGCUUGGAAUGUUAUAUUUCGAGUAUUGAAAGAUACUUCUAGAAUUUUAAUGCCAAUGUGCAACUUUGAUAAUUAUUAUAGAUCGGGAGAGGAGGAAGAGGAAGAAAAUAAUAAUGAUUAUAAUAAUAAUAUAUUAAUUACUUCGACAAUUAAAAAAGAAUUAAUUAAAAAUUAUUUAAUAAAUUCUGAAGAAAAUAAACAAAAUCAGCAAUGGAAGGUUAUUGAAGAAAAUGAAGGGGAGGAAGAAAUUGAAGAGAAGGAGGAGGAGAAGGAAGAGGAAGUGAAAGGGAAAGGGAAUGAUGAAAAUAAAAUAAAAAAUAAUGAAGAAGAUUGGCAACAAUGGAAAAGAAAAAUGAUAGAGAACGAUGAGAAUGAAGAAGAAAAGGGGGAAGAAGGGGAAGAGGAGGAAGAAAUCAAAAAUGAAGAAAAUAGAGAAGAAGAGGAGGGGGAGGAAGUGGGAGAAGAAGAAAACAAUUUUGGAUUUGAUUUUUUCUCACAUAAAAUUCAUUAUAAUAAUGAAGAAGAAAGGCAAAGUCGUUUAACUAGUAGUGGAAAUAUUAAAUUAGUAAAUAAUGCAAAUAUUAUUUUUAUUUUUUUAAUUUUAUUUUGUUUUGUAAUAAAUUAA